AUCCGGAAAAAUCCACGUUCGAGUCUCGUCGUCGGGAUCGAUGUAAGGCAGAGAAUGAUAAAUUUAAUCCUGAUCACUAUAUCGCUGACUUUAUGGGUGUUCAAGACAUAAAACACUUAUUAAAAUACAAAACUGAAUGGACAAAGAAACUUAAGCGGGCGCAACAGAACGACACAAAUGGUACAAACAACACAGAAGUGAACAGUAUGAAUUUAAAGGGCGAUAGUGAGAAGAUUGAACAACUGGGUGCAAUAAGACAUCCAAACACAAUAGGAUUAUCCGAGGUUGAAGAUAUAAGAUUGACUACGGAAAAUCAUAAGAACAACAUCAAUGAUGCUGAAGACAUACUGAAAUUCACGGAAAAAGAAAAAUCAAUGAUGUUAAAUUUACCGAAUAAAGACUAUAUUUUACAAGAUGUAAAAUCGAUAUAUUUUGGACUUGCUGAUUUAUUGUUUGCGUAUAGUUAUAAUCAUAGAGUGUGCGAGGGUGAAACUACCGUGGAAUCAGCUUGGACAAUAGGAAAAAUUAGCCCUACUAUCUCUUGCCUCGAGCGAUUCACUACGCUCAGAGAAACAAUCAUCUCACUGUUUCGACGAUCAUUGGCAUACCCGUGUUAUCGAAACUUUGAAUUAUCCCAAAAGUGCCUCGAGGAUGUAUACGUUCUCAUGAAGUUAGGGAGAAGAGCAAUUUUGAAAGUGCUAUUAGAAAUGAAAGACAUUUUUGAUCAUAGUGAUGUCUAUUACAUCUAUUCAAAGAUAUGGUUAGAUGAUUAUUGCAUAUGGUGCCAAACUAAGGCUAGCGAUAAGGUAAUUAGAUCAUUGGCACAUCAGCUUCAUCACUAUAAGGUUUCGAAAUCAGAUAUUGGAUGGCAUUUGGAAGAAUACGAGCAAUUGGCAUUAGAAGAUCAAACAAUGGGUUAA